AUGAUCCUCGGACAAAUAGAAGGUUACAUGAUGCAGGAAGCUAUGAGGAUUGAGCAGGAAUACAAAGGAAAAACUAGGCCUCGCUCGGUUCAGCCUUCAUUUAUAGGCUUUUUAACACUCAUUGGCCGGUUGCUCUUCUACAGGCCCAUUUGGACUGUGGAGAAUCAGCAGCACCACAACAUCAGGUUCAUACAUGUACAUUUUAGCGCCUGGCAUUUUGCAGGCAGUGACCUGCUUUGGGCCGGGUUAGCCAUACGGCUGUUUCAGUCUAUGCAGGUGAAUUUUGGGAAAUUACAGCUUGCGCUCUACCGUGUGGCUCAACAUGAUGAAGAAGAAGAAAUCAAAAAGAAGCCUGAGGUGAAACCAGGUGAAGAGGUGACUGAAACAAAAGGCCAGGUGGGUGUGCUGGAGGGCCUGGCUAUUGCUGCAUUAGGAGUCCCUGCAGCGAGUGCACUGAGAUUUGCCUUUCUAAUGGUUAAGAACCUCAUCUUCAACCAGGAUAUGAAUGUUAAAAAGGGGAUGGAUAAUGAAAAGAUCAGCAGUCAGCUGGGCUUCAUGAACGAGGUCAGGAAGGAAAUGUGGUUCCUGUCUCGCUUCAUAAAGUUCAUGGAGGUGUUUGAGAGAAGAAGGAUUCGAGUGGUGCUGAAAAUCACCAAUCUGGACCGGUGUUCCCCCAAGAAAAUUGUUGCAGUUCUGGAUGCAAUCAACAUCCUGCUUUCAGAUGAAGAGAGUCAAUUUAUUUCAAUUCUGGCAGUAAACCCACAUGUUCUUGUAGAAAAAGUGAACUUUGCAGAAGGGUGCUUCAGCAGACAGGACAGAGGUUAUGCACUGUUGAACCGCAUAGUGACUCUGGCCUUCACAAUCCCACCACUGUGCAAUGAUUUAAAGCACAGUUUAUUUUACAGCCUCACUAGCAAUUCAAAAAUCCUUGAAGAUGAAAGAAUAAUAGAAGACCAACACAGAGCUGGGUGCCUCAAACAGACAUUUUCCUCAGAUGUAUCUUCAGUGGAGAUGGAAGACUCCUUUCCACUGCUCAAUAAAACUACAGAAGCACUGGAUGUGAAGGACGAGGAGGUAGAGAAGUUGGUCAUGAGCAUCCUGCUCAGCAAUAAAAGCAGUCUCAAUGACUACAUGUUAGAUGAUGCAAUGUUUAUGAGGAGGGUGAUCAAUUCCAUUCGAAUAACCGUGAUAAUCAUGAAGGCCUUGAAGAAAGAGCUUCCUCAACCAGAGUACAUUGCAGCCUGGGUGGUCUUAGUCACUCAGUGGCCCUGCCGACUCAGCUGGAUCAUCCAGUGUGUUGAAGAUGCUCAGCAGAGAGCAGUUAUUGAUCGUAAGAAUGUGACCAACACUGCUGAAUUAUGGACCUUAUGGGAAGUCUUCAGUAAGUCCAGGGCAGAGUUAUAUAUGAUGCGUGCACAGAUUGAGAACCUCCUCGAGCAGGAUGGAGAUCCUGAGAUGUUUGAAAAAUUUCUCAAAGUAGAUUUCCAGUUCACUGUAAAGGACUUGAAGUCAUUUGAAGAGGCAACAGUGAGCCUGGAUCAUUCAAUUAGGAAGGAGCUGGCUCAGAUCAGGGGCUCAUCCAGGCUGAAAGAUUCUGGUUGGAUGAAGAAACUAGCUCCUCUGCCAAUCACAACUCUCAUCAAUAUGGAUACAGAAGAUGUAUGUAAAGAGUUGGAAAUGAUGGCAUUCCCCAGCAAAUAUAUUGAUAUUGUGAAAAACAAUAACCUCAAUGGUUCAGCACUGAUCUUUGGUAAUGCAGAGGAUCUUAAAGACCUCCUGUGUAUGACCUUUGGUGAAUGGCUGAUCUGA